GCUAAGAGGGAACAGCCUUUACCAAGGAAAAAAAAGAAAAAAAUAAAACAAGAAACUGCUACCAUGGCAGGGAAGCCCAUCCUUCACUAUUUCGAUGGUCGGGGGAGAAUGGAGUGCGUCCGCUGGCUCUUGGCUGCAGCUGGGGUAGAGUUUGAAGAAAAAUUUCUGAAAACUAAGGAAGACUUGGAGAAGUUAAGAAAGGACGGGGUUUUGAUGUUCCAGCAAGUGCCCAUGGUGGAGAUGGACGGGAUGAAACUGGUGCAGACCAAAGCCAUUCUCAACUACAUUGCUGCCAAACACAACCUCUAUGGAAAGGACAUCAAAGAGAGAGCCAUCAUUGAUAUGUACUCAGAAGGUCUACUAGAUCUGAACGAGCUGGUGCUUUAUUACCCAUACCUUUCCCCCGAAGAGAAAGACAAGAGCCUUGCCCAGAUCAAGGAGAAAGCAAGAAACCGUUAUUUCCCCGCCUUUGAGAAGGUGUUGAAGGGCCACGGACAAGAUUACCUUGUUGGCAACAGGCUGAGCAAGGCUGACGUUCACCUGCUUGAACUUCUGUACCACAUGGAAGAGCUGGACUCGGGCAUUCUGGCGAACUUCCCUCUGCUGAAGGCCCUGAAAACCAGACUCAGCAACCUUCCCACCAUGAAGAAGUUUCUGCAACCAGGAAGCCAGAUGAAGCCUUUGGAGGAUGCAAAGUGUGUGACAAUGGUUAAGGCAAUUUUCAGUUAGAUAAGGCAGGCGCAGGUGCACAGUGCCUACAAGACCAGCCUUGAAAGCUUUGCCACACUGCGCUUAAUUGUGGAUCCUGCUUAGUAUAAGGCCAAUGUGGUUUUCUAAAGUUGCUCUGUUAAUGCGGGUGGAGAUGAUGCUGACUUACAUACACAGAUUUGUUGCAAUGUUCUCUGUGGGUUUGGAUCAAAAUGAAAAUCAUGAUCAUUUCCCAGAAACUGUCUUC